AUGGAGCGUGUAGACUUCCGCGAUAGCAUUCGUGUGGCUAGAGUGAAAUUUGUUGCCUGUGAUGGCUCAGCUAAGAGUCUGAAUCUUCGUUUAUCUGCCUUCACUGAAUACGUGAACAGCAUGAUGAGUUUGUGCCUACAGGUACUCGCACAGAGAACAAUGGCGUAUAUGAUGUACCGAGAAACGACUCUGGGUUCAGCCCUUAGUCGUACAUUGGAUGAAUUCGUCGAGGAAGGUCUAAUAACCCGCCCACUUGCCAUGAAAGUACUCACCACCUUCGAUAAGAAUAUAAAUAAAGCCCUUGCGUAUCGAGUGAAAAAUAAGGUAAGAGUGUUCCCCUAG